GCCAUGGGCCCGCGGGCUGGGCCGCCAUCCGAGCGGCGUGGGGCGUGCGGACGGUAGUAAAACAAGCAUUCAGACAAGAUGCAGUACUUCUGGUUCCACUGCAUAUUGCUCUUCCUUCAUUGUGGAAGAAUGGAUGACAGUAAAUAGGUGGUGGAAAAAUAAGAAACAAAAUGAAACCUUUCCGAAAGGUCUGCCUUUUCAAGAGCCUGCUUGCCAAUUGCUGCUGUCACAGCCAACUUGACAGCUGUCUUCUCCCUCCUAUUGCAAAGAAGACAGGCUGCAUGGUGGGACUGCACAACCAUGGAUUUUGGAGGCCAAAGCCUUUAUUGGAUACAGCUAGAGUCACUCUGUCUUUUAACAGUUGGCACAGGAAAAACCAUCAGGAUUCUCAAGCUUUGUGGAAACAUGAGGCUGUGCAGAAGUAUCUGGAGUCUCUCAGCAAGGAAUACCAGCAGGUUAGUCAUCAGUUAAGUGCACACUCAUUAAAUGACUUUGAGCAAAGAGCCCUGAGGAGAAGAUGUGCCGAUCUGUCCCCUGUUGCAGCUGCGUUUCAAGAAAUCAAAGAGGCUGAAAGAGAAGUUCAGGAGUUAGAAGCGAUGUGCACAGAACUAGACAGCAGAGAUGAGAAACAACUUCUAGAGCUUGCGUUAGAAGAGAAGGAAAGCCUGGAUAAAAAAAUGAACAUGUUGUGCAGAAAGCUUUUCCAGCUUCUAGUGCCAAAGGAAAAAUAUGAUAGAAGUCCUGUCAUAUUAGAAGUGACAGCUGGCAGAACAACUGGAGGGGACAUCUGCCAACAGUUCACUAAAGAAAUGUUUGACAUGUACCAGAGCUACGCCGAGUACAAACGUUGGACCUUUGACAUCGUGAACUAUACGCCGGCUGAGAUAGGAGGCUUGCAUCAUGCUGCUGCUCAUAUUUCAGGAGAGAAUGUCUACAGGCAUCUGAAAUAUGAAGGAGGGACUCACCGAGUCCAGCGAAUCCCUGAGACGGGCCUGUCAUCAAGAAUGCAGCGUAUUCACACUGGGACAAUGUCAGUCAUUGUCCUCCCCCAGCCAGAGGAGGUUGAUGUUAAAGUGGAUCCCAAAGAUCUGCGUAUAGAUACGUUCAGAGCCAAAGGAGCAGGAGGGCAGCACGUUAACAAAACUGAUAGUGCUGUGAGGAUUGUGCACCUUCCUACAGGACUGGCAGUGGAGUGCCAGCAGGAGCGCUCGCAGCAGCUGAACAAGGAAAUCGCUCUGCGGACACUGAGAGCUAAGCUGUACCAGCAGGUCCUCGAGAAGCAGCUCAGUCAAGAGCAGAGUGCCAGGAAGCUGCAGUUGGGAACAAGAGCCCAGUCAGAGAGAAUCCGUACUUACAACUUCACCCAGGACAGAGUGACUGACCACAGGAUCUCAUAUGAUGCACGCAAUAUCAAGGAAAUUCUAAGUGGGAAAGAAGCACUGGAUAAGCUCAUCAACAGACUACUGGAGUUUGCAGAGAUAGAGGCUGUCACCCAAUAUCUAGAAAAUUUGCAGACUUUAGAAGGAGGAGGCUGAAGACCUCAAGUAGAAUUAAAACUGAAUUGUUGUGCUUGGUAAUCGAAUAAAACAGAUGUGUUUGUUAGAUGAUACAUUGAUUAAAACCUAUUUCUCUGUUUUUCA